AACAUGGCGCCGGCAGAACUUCCCCCAGGCGGAAAUGACGUUAUAACGGAUAGACUCCCUUUGCGCUGUGAAGCUGCGCAGUGUCAGAGAACGAUGGCGUCUAAUGCGGUGAAACAGGCGGCAGCCGAGCAGGUGGUGGCCGGGUUUAAUCGCCUGCGUCAGGAGCAGCGAGGUCUUGCGUCCAAGGCAGCGGAACUGGAGAUGGAGCUCAAUGAGCACACGUUGGUUAUCGACACCCUGAAGGACGUGGAUCAGGGCAGGAAGUGUUACCGGAUGGUCGGGGGGGUGCUGGUGGAACGCACGGUCAAGGAGGUGCUCCCGGCUCUGGAGAAGAACAAGGAGCAGAUUGACAAGAUCCUGGAGUCGCUGAACACACAACUACAGACCAAGGGUCGGGAGCUGAAUGAAUUCCGGGAAAAGCACAACAUCCGGAUCAUGGGGGAGGACGAGGCAAAGCAGCCCCCCAAAGAAGGCGGGGAUAACGACGGCUCCAAACCCAGUUCUGCGGGUGUCCUGGUGUCCUGAUCCCCCGUGUGUCCGGUUAUUACCUGCCCAGAGUAAAGCUCCUCUACCAUUGGACACAACCUUACACAGACUCCUCCCCUUUCCACGCUCUUACACCCAAGGACAUUUCUGGUGGACUUUAAACUUAAUGUGCAUUUCAGUUCUGUCUGUCCCUCUGGUGCCUGGAGUUUCAUACAAUGCCAUAUUUGUCUGCCACAUCCAACUGCCAGUUUGUCCCAGUCAUUCUGCAAUAAUAUCUCCCUGCUCCUUACUCUGAGGAUGGGGAACGUGUGUCCUUCCUGCUGUGUACAACUACAACUUUAUGCAUCCACAUUAGGCUACAAGUGCAGGCAUGAUGGGAAUUGUAGUGCAAUACAAACCCCACCUUGCUCGUAUGCAGACCAUUAAUAUUACUCAGAUCAUGUGUUAUUAAUAGGCAAGCAUUUCAUUUAGCUUUAUUAGUUACAUCCCACUGGGUAAGUGAAUCUAAUCCCCCACGGGCUGCUCUCUUUCCCAUGGUCAAGCCUGUUGUGUGGGUUCUCCAUCACAUUGAUAUCUAUAUAGGGAUUGUAGUGCAGGGGGUGGAGUUUCACAGUAAGAGGGAGGCUUUGCUCCACCUUUUUUCUGCUUCCCUCGGCCUAUAGAAAGCACCACAGGAGGUUAGGCCUGUUACUUGGGCCUAGGCCCCACACUUACCAUGGGAAAGAGAGCAGCCCAGAAGCAGCAGUACAGUUCUUUGUCUGGGUAAGUUUUGGUGGGGGAAUUAAAUGAACUUUCUGUGGCUUAGAAAGUUUGGUCUCGUACUGCAAAGGCUUCUGGGAUAUAUGCCCUCAGUUUUUUGGGUUUUUUUGCGUGACGAAGUUUAUUGGGGGCGUGUCACAAAGUUGGUAUUUAUGUGAACUCUACAGGUUUAUUUUACUUUGAACAUUUCAGCUGUCACAUACAGGCGGCACCCAACAAGGGCGUGUCUCAAGGGGCGUGUCUAGACAGCAGUCGCCAAUUGCUGCCUUUUCUUAAAGGGGUGCUUCACCUUUAAGUUCACUUUUACCAUGUUACAGAAUGGGCAGUUACUGUAUAAGCAACUUUUCAUUUGGUCUUCAUUAGUUGUUCGUUUUUUCUUUUUUUAUAGGUUUUUAGUGACACUAUCCAGCUUUGAAAUGGGGGUCACUGACCCCAUCUAAAAUCAAAUGCUCUGUAAGGCUACACAUUCAUAAUUAUUGCUACUUAUUAUUCCUCAAACUUUCUAUUCCGUCCCUCCUUUGUUCUUAUUCCAGUCCCUUAUUCAAAUCAAUGCAUGGUUGCUAGGGAAAUUUGGACCCUAGCAACCUGAUUGCUGAAAUUGCAAACUGGAGAGCUGCUGAAUAAAAAGCGAAAAAACUCAAAAACCAUAAAAAAUGAAAACUAAUUGCAAAUUGUCCAACAAUAUCCCUCUCUACAUCAUACUGACAGUUAAUUUAAAGGUGACACCCCUGAAUUGCGUUGGGUGCUUUAAUGGGAGGAAAUAAAAUGUGACACCUCUACAUCGGGUGCCGCCGCUGAACGAGGGAGGUGCUCACUUAAUACAGAAAAUAAAGGGGAGGAGCCAAGCAUUGGGCUGUGUAUCUCAUUGGUUGUGUACAAUACAAUAUUUGCUUGUUGAAAA